AUGGACCCACUCUGGACCUGUCUGCUCUUGUCUGCUCUCUACAUCACCUUGCCUGGAGUGUGGAGCAAACACAUUGAUCACAGAAAUCUGUUCACUCAGAGAAUCUGCUGCAAGAGACAGAGCCACUUUGUUUACAUUGGUCAAGAUAUUUCCGGGGCUCCUGUGAACGUGGACGUGGGCACGUGCAGGCCGCACUGUGGAGGAGCUCCCCGGGCCAAUGACGCGCCUCAGAGAGACUACUCCAGACACCCGUCCAUGCUGGACUUCAUCAGGAGCAAAAAGGUCAGGACAUGCACUACCUCCCCGGAGCAGAAGCAGCUGCCCUCGUGCGGCCUGGACCAGGUGUGCGAGCCCACCGGAAUGCGCGUGGAGCGGGUGCUGCUGUUCGAGGGUCCGCGGGAGGUGGAGGUCAUCGAGGAUUGUCACUGUGAGGUCAAACUGACACAGUGCCUGCGCGUGCCUGCGCUCAGGACGUACUACGCAGAGACUCCGUAUGAAACUGUCAUUGACGUGGGAGGGUGCUCCAGGUCCAAAGGCGCGCCAGAGGGUUUCUCGUGCGUACCCACUCAGUUUGACUCUGCGCUGGUGGAGACCCCAAACAAAGUGGAGGUGAUUCAGACGGUGGAGGUGUGUGAGCUGAAGGAGAGCUGCUACAGAGUCCCUCAUGUGGAGUAUUACUAUGAGACUGUGCAGCACGAAGACGGGGUCAAAGAGGAGAGACUCAAGGAAAUAGAUGUGGGCAGAUGCUUGGGAGGCUGCUCAUCAGGAAACCGCUGUCUUCUCAGGAGUCCAUCAGACCCUGCGAUCUGUCACUUGUGGGCAGAGCGUCAGUCGAGCUCCUGUGUGCCUCAGGGAUACGAGAGUCACAGCUUCAUGAACCAGUAUGGACAGAUACGCACUGUGCUCUCCAUCAGCUCCUGUCUGUGCCAAGAGUGAACACUGAACAUGGACCAA